AUGGGUGACUGGAGCUUUCUGGGUAAUAUUUUAGAGGAAGUUAACGAGCACUCUACGGUGAUCGGCCGGGUGUGGCUCACGGUGCUCUUCAUCUUCCGUAUUCUCAUCCUGGGAACGGCGGCGGAAUUCGUGUGGGGCGACGAGCAAUCUGACUAUGUCUGCAACACACAGCAGCCGGGGUGUGAGAACGUGUGCUAUGACGAGGCCUUCCCCAUCUCCCACAUCCGCCUGUGGGUGCUGCAGAUCAUCUUUGUGUCCACACCAUCUCUGGUGUACGUGGGCCACGCCGUGCACCACGUCCACAUGGAGGAGAAACGCAAAGAGCGCGAGGAGGCUGAGCUGAGCCGGCAGCAGGAACUGAGUGAGGAGCGUCUCCCCUUGGCACCCGACCAGGGAAGUGUCCGCACCACAAAGGAGACCAGCACCAAAGGAAGCAAGAAGUUCCGGCUAGAGGGCACUUUGCUGAGGACCUACAUCUGCCACAUCAUCUUCAAGACACUGUUUGAAGUGGGUUUUGUGGUGGGCCAGUAUUUCCUGUAUGGCUUUCGCAUCCUUCCACUUUACAAAUGCAGCCGCUGGCCCUGCCCCAACACGGUGGAUUGCUUUGUGUCACGCCCAACGGAGAAGACUGUCUUCAUCAUCUUCAUGCUGGCGGUGGCCUGCGUGUCCCUCUUUCUCAACUUCGUAGAGAUCAGCCACCUGGGCCUGAAGAAGAUUCGCUUUGUCUUUCGAAAGCCCGCCCCGGCUCCGGCACCGGCCCAAGGCGAGGGGUCAGCCCCCCUUCCACUGGCAAAGAGUCUGCCCCCCUUAGCGGUUCCCUCUCUGCAAAGAGCAAAAGGCUACAGGCUGCUGGAGGAGGAGAAAGCUCCCCCUGUGACUCACCUUUACCCUCUGGCUGAGGUUGGCAUGGAGGCUGGAAGAGGGGCCCCACCAUUCCAGGCACUGGAGGAGAAGGCCGAGGAGGCCCUGCCCAUGGAGCACAUCUCUAAGGUUUAUGACGAGAGUCUGCCUUCCUACGCCCAGACCACUGAGACAGGCGGGGUGACAUUACACGAGGAGGAGGAGCAGGAGGAGGAGGAGGCCGAGGAGGUGCAGCAAGCAGAGGUGGAGGCAGAGAGGGUGGAGGAGGUUGUGGAUGAGGAUGUGGAGGUGGAGGAAGCUCCGAACGGGGAGGGGGUCCCUCCAGCUGAGGCAGAGAUGGAGGCCGCAGAUACGAUAGAAGACAACAGGCCGCUGAGCCGACUGAGCAAAGCCAGCAGCAGGGCAAGGUCAGACGAUCUCACCGUAUGA